GUGGAAAUCGUUAUUCCCACUGUUUCCUGUGGUAUGAUCUGCUUGAUCUCUGGAUAUGCUUCAAUUUUGGGCUCAACCUCUUAAAUUAUAUGGAAAGGCGGAUGGACGGCGUAGAUAGACUAAAUACAUUCAUGGUGGGCCCAACUGAGUUUACUCAGUAAGAUAAGAGCGUACUGAGUAACUCAGUACGCAAUCCGAUUUCGCACCACUGUAAGCUUACGGUGGGAACGCGCCUCUUGUUAAAGAGCAGGGCGCUGUGGCUGGAGAGUGAUGUCCGCGACUCCCUAUCUACGCUCUACGCAAAGAGAGUCGAGAGAGAGAGAGAGAGGGAGAGAGAGAUAUGGAGGAAGUGACUCUAGCGUUCUUGCCACUCCCAGGAAAGGGGCACUUGACCUCUGCCGUAGAAUUAGCAAAGCGCCUUGUGAAGCAGAAGCCCUUCUCUAUCACAAUCCUCAUGAUGCGCUUUCCUGAACCAGACACCGACGCCUACAUCGCCUACAUCAAAUCCGUUGCCGCCUCUGGCCUCAAUAUCCGAUUCGUCGACCUCCCUACGAUCCAGAUCCCACCCUCCCUGGAGAGUCAGGGCCCACUGACAUUCUUGCCCUUAUUCAUUGAAAGCCACAAGCCCCUCGUCAAGGACGCCAUUACGAAAAUCCGCGCCUCGACGAAAACCCGUGUGGCCGCAUUGAUCAUCGACUUCUUCGUGACCACCAUGAUCGACGUGACAAUGGAGCUUGGCAUCCCUGCAUACAUAUACUUCCCAUCCGGCACAGACUUGCUAGCGCUCAUGCUCUAUCUCCCGAUCCUCCAUACCCAGAUCCCCUGCGAGUUCCAUGAAUACCAAGGAGAAAUAGAGAUUCCCGGGAUGCAGCCGUUGCCUCCCAACAUCAUGCCAACGGCAGUUAUGAACAAGAAAAAGGAGAUGUAUACAUGGUUUGUCCACCACGGCCGAAGAUUCCGAGAAACACAAGGAAUCAUCAUCAACACAUUUGCCAAGCUACAGCCGACUGCACUUGAAGCGGUGGCCGACGGACGAUGUUUGCCCGACCACGCCACUCCACCUAUCUACCCAGUGGGACCAUUGAUUCGUCUCGACGACAAAUCCCAAUCCAAAUCAAGCGGCUUGAUUGAGUGGCUAGAUCAGCAACCACACGCAUCGGUCGUCUUCCUCUGCUUCGGAAGCAUGGGCGCCUUUGCCCCACCGCAGGUGAAGGAGAUGGCACUGGGGCUGGAGAAGAGUGGGCACCGGUUCCUUUGGUCGCUGCGGUGCCCUUCAUCAGAGAAUCCUACCAUGCCGGUUGAUGCGCAUUUGGACCAGGUCUUGCCGGAUGGUUUCUUGGAUAGGACCAAAGGGUGGGGAUUGGUGUGGCCGUCUUGGGUGCCGCAAAUAGCAAUCCUCGCCCAUCCGGCGGUUGGAGGCUUUGUUUCGCACUGUGGCUGGAAUUCGAUCUUGGAGAGCUUAUGGUUUGGAGUGCCUAUAUUGGCAUGGCCGCUGUACGCCGAGCAGAGGCUCAAUGCUUUCCAGCUGGUGAAGGAUUAUGGUCUGGCCGUGGAACUGAGGCUGGAUUUUGACGGAGAUGGGUUGGUUAGCGCGGAAGAGUUGGAAAGGGGAGUAAGGUGUUUGAUGGAAGACUCCGAGGAAGGGAUGAAAGUGAGGAAGAGGAUGAAGGAGAUGGGAGAGGCGAGUAGGAAUUCUGUGAAAGAUGGGGGCUCUUCGUUUGCUUCCUUGGAGCGUCUUGCGGACUUACCCAGCCAUGGUUCAACCUUUCCUAAAACUGACGAGAUAGCAAGAAAAUCCUGUGACCGUUGCAUGCGCAUCCUUACAAAUCACACGUAAUCAAGUCUGACCGGCUGAAAAUGGGACUCGGUCGGAUAGGGUAUAAACAUUGCCCCCUCAUCAUUAUCCUUUCAAGGAAAGAGAGCGAUGUUUGAAGCUUCAUUAAUGUUGUCCUUAAACAUUUGCACAUGUCGCCCAAUAUGAACCGUGUUCGACCAGUUGUUUUACCAUUGGUCGCAUCGAAUCGAGGCGUCGGAUGGAAUUUGAGAAUAUGAAGAUCUAACUUGUAUGCUUGCUUUCAGAAUUUUUCUUUAUGUUUUUCCCUUUUGUAAUCAUGCAGUCAAUGACCAACAUGAUGAUGAAUAAAUUCAUAUCCUUAAAUAAAUUUUAUGUAA